GUCAAUCUUGGUGAUUGUGCGUAUCAAAACAUGAAAGUAGGAGUGUUAAAUAAUUAGAGGAAACCUUUCUCCGUUUAGAAUGUUUUGUUCGACGUAAAUAUGUGUUUAAACAGCGUAAUUGCUUAAAAAUUCAACUUUUCUUUAAUGUAAAAAUACUUGCAGCUUGGAACAUGGAAAGCACUUCAAAGUUAAACACAACACCCAAUAAAACAACUACUACAGCUGGAGUGCACAAUGACAAUGAAGAUCCUUACCCAAGCCUGUCCGACUGUCAUGAUUACGAACCCAAUUUGGAGUUUGAUGACACCGAACUACAACACACGGCAGGAGCUCCAGAACUGUUACAAGAUGACAUACUGUCGCUGGGUGGAGGUCUGGACUAUCUGGAGUCACCCGUGUCGGACGGAACCAUCGAGGACAACUUUGAGGCAGAGUUGUUGAAUGCUCCGACGAGGGCAUUCGAUAGUCUGUCUUAUCCUUAUGUCGAUGAGGAGGAGGAAGAAGAAGACUUCAGCGAUGUGUCGAUGUACGGCAUCGUGGAGGUUAUGGGGGAUGAUACUGCAGGACGGAGAGUCAUAGUGGUGUCAGCCUGUCGUCUGCCCAGCAACAAGGAGCUGGACCACCAGAGAUUACUUAGGUACUUGAUGUACACACUGGACAAGUUUGUGGAGCAGGACUACAGUCUAGUGUACUUCCACCACGGACUGACCAGCAAGAACAAACCUACCAUAUCCUGGAUGUGGCAAGCUUAUUGCGCCUUCGACCGCAAGUACAAGAAGAAUCUGAAAGCCUUGUACCUCGUACACCCGACCAAUUUCAUCCGUAUUAUUUGGAGAAUAUUUAGAGCUGUUAUAAGUGUCAAGUUUGGACGCAAGAUGAUGUAUGUUAAUUGCCUUAAUGAGCUAAGUCAGUACCUAAAUUUGGACCAAAUCAGUAUACCUCAGCCUGUGCUAGAACAUGAUGAGAGGCUGAUGGCCAAGAACAGCCGACUGAGCAGCGUAUCUCCCACUCCAGCAACAACACAGUCUCCUCCACCACUACCAACACAACAGUUCGGAGUCUCUCUACAGUUUAUCAAGGAGAAUCAUGACAGAGAAGUCAUACCUCCCCUGGUCAGACAGUGUGUGGAGUAUCUCAGCACUCCUGAUGCCUUGGAGACGGAAGGUUUGUUCCGAAGGUCGGCCAAUGUCACCAAAGUGAAGGAGUUGCAGGCCAAGGUCAAUCAAGGUCAGCCGAUAGAGUUCAACGGUGAUGUCCACAUUGCAGCUGUUCUUCUGAAGACUUUCCUGCGAGAGCUGGAGGAACCUAUCAUGACCUUUGAUCUGUACGAUGAAAUCACUCAGUUUCAAAGUGUGCCAAAUGAUGAGAGACCAAGACAUGUUAAAAUUCUAAUCCUAGAAAAAUUACCAGAAGACAACUACCAAGUGUUGAAGUACAUAGUGCGGUUUCUGUCAAAGGUGAUGGACAGGUGUGACCUAAACAAAAUGACGUCUUCCAACCUGGCUGUGGUCUUUGGACCCAACUUAGUGUGGUCUCAGUCCGGACAGCUGUCACUGUCUGCGAUAGCUCCAAUCAACGUGUUUACUGACUUUGUACUGAGGCAUCACGAUCAGAUAUUUAUCAUCUAAACAACAACCAUUUCAGCUCAACUGUAGCUAAAUUAGGAACACAAAAUAUUAACUAUAAACCCCCAUUGUGAAGGAAAUGUCAGAAGUGGAUGUCAAUUUAUGUUUUGUACAUUUCAAAGAUCUUUUAGAAAGGAUUAGAAUGUUUCAAAUUUGUAAAAAUAGUUUAAGUGGUUUUAGAAAAUUGUAGUUGGUUAAAACCGAUGGUAUAAGAUUUGGUGCUAAAUAUUAUUGUAAUGAUUUAAAAAAAAAAAACCGCUUUCAUUCAACUCGAGAUAUAGUAACAGGAUUUUCAGUCUUAACGAUUUGGCUCACUUAUUCAUAGAGAACCACGAAAACAGAAAUUGGAAACUAAUUGUUACAAAACCUAUUUAGAUUACAAAGUAAUCAGUUUAGCCUGUGAUACUGUUUACAAAACAUUUUCUCUUGUGUAAUAGUGAAGGAUAAAAAUAUUGUCUUCAUGUAAAUUCUUCCAUUCAACUCGUAGAGGCUAGGAAUGUUCACUUAGGAUUGUUUCAGUGAUAGAAAUAGGUUAGAAAUGGAUAGACUAGGUCAUAAAGUACCUGGGAAAGGGAUGUGUAGGGGUGUAAAGGUUCUAGAAUGUAUUUUUAACUUGUGUCUAAUUUUGAAUUUCAAUAAUAUAGUUUUUUACUUUAUGGCAACUGUUGUACAUAUCAUAUAGUACAACAAUGCAACUACUCUACAACUAGUAUAGUACAACUACUCACUUUGGUCGGAGUUACUUCACAUCAAACCUAGGGUGUUCAGCCCAGUGUAGGAUUGUUUACUGGCUGCGUGGCAAAGUGUCCAGUGUCAGUAGAGGUAUUUUUCGCUGAACUGAUCGACAAAGUUGUUGAUUAUAAUCGGUUUAGCAACAACUUCUUGAUUUUGACGUCUUAUAGCUUUAACUUGAUCAACAAUUUUAGUGGAAAUCUGCAUCAACGACGCAUGGUUCUCCGUGAUUUCAGAGAUAAGCUUCUUUUGUUUGGUUUCAAACUUGGCGAGAUUAUUAAAUUGGUAUAAAAUUACCUGUUUCCGUCUGUGAUCCUAUAUUUGUUGUAUAGAGCAACCGGUUUCAAGGUUAUAACCUCAUCUUCAGGCUCUUGUUG